AUGCGGCAUGUGAAAUGCUGUUUGUUUCCCGCCACGACGUUGUCUGCCUUUAUCGCACGCCAUGCGGCAGCCGCACACCCGGAGCGCCAGCUGACUUCAAACCGAGCGAGUGUGGGGCUUGUGUCAGACUCGCGUUGCAUCUUUGAAAACCUUGCGGUGGAGGAGGCGUUGUUGCGUGGUGUUGUCCUUCCGCCUGGUCAGCAGUUGCUGUUUUCGUACGUGAACCGUCCGUGCGUGGUUGUUGGACGCAAUCAGAAUUACCUGCAGGAGGUUGCGGUUUCUGCUGCGAGGCGCGACGGCGUGACUGUUGCGCGGCGGAGCUCCGGUGGGGGGACGGUGUACCACGACACGGGAAAUGUGUGUAUCUCUUUUUUCACGCAUCGUGAUGCGUACCACCCGGAGCGGACGAUUCAAGUUGUUCGCCUGUUUCUUUGCUGCGUCUUUGGCAUUCGGCCAGAGCGGUUGACCACAACGUGCCGGCAUGACUUGUUUCUUGAUGGGAAAAAAAUCACAGGCUCCGCGAUGCGGGUGCAGCGCGACAUCGCGUGUCACCACUGUACUCUGCUUGUCGCGUCAUGUCGCGAGCGCAUCAGCACUUACCUUCGCCCGGAAGGCCGGUACGUCUCCUUCACCACCUCGUCUAUUGGCUCGGUUUCUUCACCAGUCACGACGCUGCAGCUCUCCGGCGUUAUGCCUGAGGUUCGCUGCAGCGGCGACCACCACAAUAACAACGAUACCGAUAAUACUGACGAUAUGGUGCACUCUACACAGCGUGCGCUGCUAGACUUUUUCUUUCGUCAUGGUGCGGAAAUUAUUUCACACAGUGCGCCGUGGGAAAUGGAACCUUCCGUGUUCCUUUACCCGAAAAGUAAGGAGACGAAGAAGCAUGGGCCAAAAGCACUCCUUGCUCCGAUUGAAGGCGUUUUUAUGCUGGAUCUUGCCAGCACACCGCAGGAGGAUACACCCAUCGUGGACGGUGAGGGGCGUAUGCCGGUCGCCGGAGCCUCGAAGACGUUGCGUGAGGAGGUGGACCGUUUGCGCUCGGCUGACUGGAUGUUUUCUAUGCCCAAGUUCACGACGUGUGUCGCGGUUACCGUAACGGAUCUGCUGAAAUAUCAGCAGGACGUUCGCGCUGACGCACGCAUUCCUGCGGAGGUCAUUCUGUACUUGAUGCAGAGCCACACUCAGUUUGAAAUUACAACGGUUGUCGAAAAACGCCGCAUAACAGCACUGACGGUGUGUUGGGGGGAAAAGACGGCGGGAGACAUGGGGGAAGCAUGGUGUGCAAAUAUGCUUCGGGUACUUUUGGAAGGAGCCAACGUGGAUGAUGUCGCGUUGAAUGUCAGCGAGGGGAACGCGAUGCUUGUGGCAGGCCUUGAGUUUGAGUGUCUCGAUCUCAUGAAUGGCGUGCCUCUUCCACCUGUUGAGGCAGCUAGUGCUGGUGACGUCAGAGGCAACAGCAGUUUGGAUGGGCAAUCGGCUUUGCUUUUGUUUUUGCAGACGGUGUUGUGUGUGUGGCGCGCCAAGAAUGUCUUUGUCCCCGUAUGCGCUUGA